AUGAAUAAGCGCAGUUAAAAUAACCAUUCCACCAAUUAAUAACAUUUUCUUGGAGCAUCAUCAAAUGAAAUCCCUUCAAAUUCAAUUGGUUAAGUAAUUAUUUAAUAAUAUCCAUAAUUUAGUCUCAAAAAGUACAAUAGUAGAAUAAGGACGAAUAGUCAAGAAUCUCAUAAAACUAGCAUCCAAAUAAUUAAGAACAUUCAUAAAAUAAUAUUGAUCAAAUUCAUUAACAGCAUGGUAAGCAUGAAGGACAACAUUAUAAUCCUUUGUAAAUGCCUUGUAAUUGGGAGAUAGCCAGAAAGCAUGCUUUAUCAAGAAAGACUACUCGAGAGAAGUAGAAAGAUCCUAACAAAACACUUAGUGGUAUAUAUACAUAUAUUAAUUGUUAAGUUGAUACUUGUCCAUGCUGUGGAUUUGAAGUAGAUAGAGAAGAAAUUCCCUAUUGUUCUAAUCCUAUGGCUUUAUCUUUUCUUGGCUCAGGAUUCACUUUGUUCUAUAAUUAUCUUAAAUAUUGCAUCCUCAUCCUCUUCAUUACAUUGUUGACAAAACAACUCUACAAUUUAUAUACUAAUUAUUAAGGCAAUUAUUGUAGUCAAACCAAGAGAGAAAAAUUGGAAGGUCAUAUUGUAGAACUACCAUUUUGCUCAGAUUCCUGGUUUUUAAAGUUAUCAUUAGCCAAUAAAUUAGAGUAAACAAUAAUACAAAUUUAGCAAUCGAUAAGCCUUAGAGCAUGUUCAAAUACUAAAUUUUAUUAAUAUUUUCAUAGUGAUGGGUGUCCUACUAUAUUUUAGAAAGAGUUAAAGGUAAAUUGAUACAGAUAUUGAUGAAGAAUUGCUUACUCCAGCAGAUUAUACAGUCUGUGUAAAAAAUAUACCAAUAGGUUUGGGACUUGAUUAUUAAUGGGAAUUGAAACAUAUGUUUGAAACAUGUGCAGUUACUGGAGAAUAAAUUAUUGUUAAGAAAGUUGUUCUUGUAUAUGAUAUUGAAGAGAUUAUAGAUAUAGAAAAAGAAUUAGAUUUAUUAAUAGAUAAAAAGAAAGAAUUAAUAAAAGAACAUAAUUAUAAUUAUCAUCAUCCAAGUGUUGAAGAGAUAGAUAAAAAGAUAGAAGAAAAAGAACAUGAAGUACAUCAUUUAGGAUAAGAAUAUGAAAAAGAGAAUAAAAAGUUUGCUGGAAUAGCUUUUAUUUCUUUUGAUAAUGAGGAAAUGAAAACAAAAGUAUUAAAUGAAAAUCCAUUUACAUAAUUAGAAAGAAUGAGAUCUUAUUGGAAUAAAGGUAAAUUACCUGGAAUAACAGAAAAAGAUUUAUCUUGGCAUAAUUAAAAAUUAUUUAUUGAAUAAGCUCCUGAACCAAAUGAAGUAGAUUGGGAAUUUAUACAUGUUAAAACUGAAGAAAAGAUUAGCAAAAGAAUUAAAGCUUGGAUCAUUUAUAUUUUAGUAGAAAGUGCAGCAUUUUAUUCAAUCUAUUUGAUUGCUCAUAGAGUUGCUAAAUAUGGUGAUGAAGCUAGAGAAGAAGAAAUCAAAGGUAAACUCGAUCAUGAUACUAUGUUAAAGAUAAAUAUACUAUCUUAUGCUAUCUCUUUAAGUAUUGUACUAUUCAAUAAAUUUGCUGUUGCAAAAAUUGUUCAUUAUAUUGUUGAUGAUGAAAAGAUCUCUAGUAAAACUAAAUUUUAAAUAUCUUUUGUAUAUAAAUAUGCCUCAGCAUUAUUUUUAAAUGCAGCUAUAAUCAGUUUUCUUGUAGAUAUUGUUAUUUUAAAGAAUGUUGAAGGUGCAGGAGGAUUCUUAUAAAAUGAAAGUCAAAUAUUUAUACUUAAUGCUCUCUUACCUCCAUUUAUUUGGUGUCUUGAUCCUUGGAGUCUUUGUAAAAAUAUAUGGAGAUGGUAUAUUAUCAGAAAAGGAGAGAAAGCUUUGUUAACUUAAUAAGAUGCUAAUAAAUUAAUGGAAGAACCUGAUUACUUAUCUGCAAAAAGAUAUUCAGAUAUAAUGAAAACUAUGUGGUUUACCUUUCUCUAUGGUACAGCCAUACCUUUAGGUACUUUGUUUAGUGCUUUUGGUAUUCUCAUUUACUAUUAUGUUGACUAUUAUAAUAUCUUAAGAAGAAGAACAGUUAAAGAAUCAAUAAGUAUUCAAUUAUCAACAGGUAAUAGUUUUGAUUAAAUGAUUAUUAGAAAUGAUAGAGAUGUUAGAAUAUAUAAUUGUUUGGAGUGCCUUUGGGGAAAUGAUUAUGACUUAUGCAUUUUUCAAAGAAAUUAGUUUGAUAGAUGUUACACUUAUGGUGAUUGCAAUCAUUUAUGCAUCAUUACCUAUGGAAGAUAUAUCUGAAAAACUAUUUCCAGUGGUAAAUAAUGAAUAAGUAUGAAAUUCAAUGUAUUCAUUAGUGUAAACCCUAUGACGAAGGAAGUUAGGGAUUUGAUACUGAUUAUGAUAGAGAAAACCCAAUAACUAGAAAUAAGGCUAUUGAAGAAUGGAAUAAAAAGUAAUAAGUACUUUUGAAUUCGAAUAACAAGAUUCAGAAAUUUUAUUAAUAGAAAGAUUAAUAUGGUUAUCAUAAUGAUGAUCAUUUUGGAAGGAAGUGA